UGUUAUUGUCAACUAUUUUGCCUUAAAUGGCAAAGGGCCGAAGCUGAUAGUUCUUCUCAAAGAGUCUGCAGACUUUCAAGGCGUCGCGCAAACCGACACAUGACGUGCUGUUGGUGACAAAAACGCUAGUAUAUACGUGUCUGUCACAAAUCCUAUAUUCAUUCCGUCAUGGGGAGAGCAGUCCUUGACCGUUUAAAAAGUCGACUUCCAGAUCAUGCGAAGAGCCUUGGCCGGGGCUCUCGGUGCCGAGGAGGUCCACUUGCUGCGUCCCUUUGUCGGAACUGCUGGCAUUCUGCUGCUGGGGCAGCCUUUGCGCGGAUAGGAAGGUCACUGGAGCUUAUCAUUCCCAGGGACCCGAGCAGCGUUGGGACGCUAUCCAGGAGUCCUGUGUUGGCAACAGCACCCGUGCCUAGUAACAUGUUGGGUGAAGGCUGGGUGGGACAUGACCCAUGGGUCGUUGGUUCUCAUUCACAUCAGGGUUCAAUGCCGACCGACGCAGUGAUUGCAUGCUUGGCGCUUGCCUCCGGGGAUGGAGCAGCAGCAUCACCACCAUCACCACCAUCAUCACCAUCACCACCAUCAUCAUCCACUGUUGCAUUCUCAAGGGCUCUUAUGAGGCUUGGGAUGGGGGAAAGCCGCGGCCGAGCUGCUGCUCGCAUGGGCUGUAGCUCCGGAUCCGGGAAAAGGACGACGGAAGAGGGGUCUCCAAGCAGCAGCAACAGCAGCCAUCGCAGUAGCAGGGGAGGCGGGGC